CAGAGCGAAGUGAUUUAUCAGUCUAUCAGCAAGAACAGUUUUAAGUCUCAUGUUCGGAGUCAGCAGGUGAAUAAUCACGAAACACUAAGCACAGUCGAAACCCUCCUACAACAUGGCAACCCCAGAAUGAUCCUUCAAGAAAGAGGAUACAAGCAACCAUCGCCUUCAUUUCUUCUUGAUAACCUUGGUUUAACUAAACAUUUAAUCUUUACCUUCUCCCACGUGCAGGCUAAAUAUUGGCGAAGUCGAUGGACUGCACAACUUAGUGGUAAAUAUUUAAUUUUGCUUGACUUUAGAACAUCUUGUUGAAUGUAAUGACGUCAUUUAGUGGAAAUGACCAAAUAGGAAACAUUUUCAAGUUCUCUUUGAUCUGGAUUUUUGUUUUUUGAACGGUAAGUUAGAAUGUGAUUGAAGUUUUUAGCUUUCUUUAACUCUUAUUUACAUAUACAAAGCAAAAUAUUUCAGCUUGCGAAUGGAACAGAUUUUAUUAUAUAAACAAUAAUAAUUACAAGCAACAUAGAAAAAACCUGCUUUGCUAAGAGGAUUUGGAGCAAAGUUGAAAAUAUGGUAGAAACAUGUUGAUAAAAACGAUUAAAUCUAAUAAAGUUUGUUGUUGGCGAGCAGUCUAUACAAACUUAUUAACAAACAGGGCCUGAUAACCGGAGCAGACAUAACUUUUGGUGGCAAAAUAAUAUAUCAUUUUCCUGGCAGGUACAAAUUUGCGAUAAAUAAACAAUAACGAACAAGGAAAGGCCGUGGAAUGAACAGGAGACUUCUUCUAACGUGCCUGACAUUGUGUUUGUCGCACGCGGGUAAGUUUUAUGUUACAAAUAUCAAUCAACCUGGAUAUACGAUGGUACCGACAUGCUGUGAGAUGUUUCAAUAUUCUAAUUUCUUUCCACCAGCCUCGCCACAAGUAACAAACGAUUGAUGUACUAACUUCAAAUGUGACCCAGUUCCCUCAGAUGGAAAUUGUUAUGUCUUCAUUUUGUAUCAUAAUUAUCAGUUCUGUUUUUAAGUCGCAAUCUCGUAAUUAUGGUUUUUUGGCUCCUAUCUCAGCUUCCUUAUCCUAUAUUUUCCAUUUGACUUGACCUUUCAUUUACGAUUUGAAACCGUAUUGUAUCUAAAACUAUUGCCAAAAGUUUGCCGUCCUUUUUAUUGAUGUAAGCGAACUGUCUCAAAAAUUUCUACGUAUCUUUCCAAGAGAGUGAUAUUUGUUGGACUCCAAGACCAAAUAAACAUCCAUCAUAUUCUUAUUUUCACAAUUUAGGCUAAACUGAAUAUUAGUGCACUCGUAAAGUCGUGAUGUUUUUAAGAAGUCCGGGUAAAAUCUAGAGAGACAUUACAGUCGCGAUCAGCGAAAAAUGGACAAUGUCAUAUCGAAAUGAUUGCUUGUACGGACAGCUUAAGAGUGGCGACAAAUCUUAUUAAGCUAAAAAUAAUAGUAAAUUGAAAGUGAAAAAGUAAGAAACAGGUACUCUAUUGUGCUUUUCGAUUCACUUGCCUUCUCUCUAUUCUUAAGAGGAGACCGUCCCAAUCUGGUCACUGACAAAGUCUUUUUGGGACAUGCUUGCAAUAAGUUGCUUAUUGGGCUUGUUAAGUAUAUUUUCAAUGGAUCCAUCAAAAGAGGAGGAUAGACAAUCCCCGAAGCUUAAUUAAAGUCACUGUGAGGCCUCAACUUGGUAACAAAACGAAGAAAAUCAAAAUUUAAUUGCAACAAUCAUUGACAGAGGUUUUGCUCUAUUGUGUAUACUUUCCUGUUUGCUUGUUUGUUUCAGUUUAUAGCUUUGUGCUGUCUAGAUGCUUACAGUUUGUUUAGCUAUUCGUCUGCUUGCUUCACAUGUAUGUUAUUAUUGACAUUAUUCUUGUUACAGUUUUCUCGGCACCGUUGGAGUCAUCUUCUGGAAAGUCUGGCGAAGACGAAGGUGAGCUUUGUGAACUGUUUCCUGUGUCUUUAAUUUGAUAAGCGCAACGGGAGCUGGGAUAAGUGGGAAUUAUCCUCUGAGCCUGAUGCUCCCAAGAAUCACAAGGAAAAGAGGAAACUAACUAAUCUGUAGGAUGCACCAAAUUUAUUUAUGGUGCAUGGUCAAACAAAUCACAAGGAGUGUUUUAUGGACAAAAAAGCGUGCAAAUUUCUUUAUUUGAUUCGUUCUUAGCGCAUCCAGCGACUCCAAAGUCGGUUAAUCUUGAAGAUAAAGGUAAGUGUAAUUUCAAAUCAUGCAUGUGACCUCCAAAUGCAUGUGCCGCGGAAAUAAUAAACAAAUUAGUAUAGUUUGGUUAAGGUUGUGAUCAAGGGUUAAACGAACUUUAAACCUUCACGCAAAAAAUUAGCAAUACUAUUCAUAGUUGAAUGUGUAUUGUGCUCUCCCCCGUUCGUGGGACUUAAACCCGUUGUUAAUUUUCUUAAUGAGUGUUUUACAUAAACUUGGACAUAAUUCAUGAGUACAGCUGCUCCCUGAAUGAAAAAUAUUGGCCUCUGUUAUAGUGAGUGAUGUCAUAGUAUGGUCAAAAAUUUGUUUUUGUCUUAGUAAAAGAGGCAGUGCAAAAAGCUGAACUAGACGCAAGUCUAGCUGCGCAAGAUGCUGUAAAGCAUGGACAUAAGGCCGAGACAAGAGUUGAGGGCAUCAAAAGCUCUGAAGCAAGUGAGGGCAGUAAUGAUCACAAUUCAGACGAGAAGCCACCAGCUUCCAGAAAACAUGAGACGUCAGGUAAACCCAGCGAUUCCCUUAGUUAAGUUCAACCAUGCUAAAACUGAAAUGGUGAGAUUCUCUGUUCUAUUUGAAUCUAUGCUAAUUAGUGGGAACCUUAUGAAACUUAGCACCAAAAUUUGUGUCAGGGCAGCAGUCUUCGAUCAGCUCCUCAGUUUCGUUGCCAACUUAAUAUCAUCUUCAAUAAAACCUUAGUUGCAAAAUGGCUAUGUAAAAUUAUCAUCAUUUUUGUAGCAAGUGAUCUGGACGAAGGACCCCAUGUAAAGCGAGUAAAGGAGCACAAGGUAAACCGAAAGCCAAGCGGAAUGGGGAAGAUGUUAGGACUGGGUGAACUGGGAGACAUUGGAGGAAACAAUAAUGAGUACAAAGAAGACACUAGGCUGGAGGAUCGCUUAGCCAUGGAAGCUGAAGAGGAAAAGAAAUACGAAACCGGAGAAGGAUAUGGCACAGGAGGAGGAGGAGGAGGAGGAGGAGGAGGUGGAGGUGGUGGUUGGGAAGAUGGAGGAAAAGGUGUGAACUGGGCCACAAAUAUCCAAAGACAAGACGCUGCAGAGGUAAAAAUGACUAUGUCUAAAAUGCCUCAUUAACAAGGACUUGCUGAAGCUUUCAUUCAGCAAACAAUUCACUUAGCAUAAGGUAGAGAGUGGACAAGAUAUCACAAAGAUUGCAAAUCGUAAGCUCUUUCACCAAAGUACUGUGAGCACGUAAUAAACUUUGGUCUUCCAUACAAAUCAUUUUCCGUGUCCCUAUUGCUUUAAUUAGCUAGUUAAGAGCCGUAGAGCUGCUUUUACUCUUUUUCCUUGUAUAUACACAGAAACAAAGCAUUCAAGCCCAAGUUGCCUCUGAAAGUGCACAUGAGUUGGAUGAGAUCCAGCGCGCCAUUGCGGCUGAGUCUCAAUCUUCACGCGGUUCUGCAUCAAUUGGCAACGGAGGUGCUUCAGUAGUUGGGGGAGCAGGCGGGGUAUGUAAUACUCUUUCACUUUCUACUUUCCACCAUUUACUGAUUUAUUUUGUCGAGCUUAAAUGGAACAUUUUUACGGAUGUUUUUCUUUUUACAAAAGCAACCGAUAUUGUACAAAACGUAAAUAAAAAAUUCAUUGUUUGUAUUGUUUGUCAUUAUCCAACUGCGCUAAGUAAAGUACAAAGAAUGCGGAAGUCGGCAAAAGUGCACGCUACAACCUCGAAACUGAAUCCGAUAAUCAAUGAAUAUUAAUGAUUGAAAUAAAUGAAUAAUUAUAUUCAUCAACCCGCCACACCUUGCCCUUAUUGUGACUUUUACUCAUAUUUCCAUGAAAUUCUGAUGUAGAAGAUGAUUCAUUUCGAGAUCCAUGUAUCAUAUCACUUACCAUGAAAAGCUCAAUGUAUCCCCAAACUUUUCAUUUGAACACCAACUAACAACGUCGUUCGUUAUGUAUGUUUGCCUAUCAAAGUGCAGUGAUGAUUGUUUACAGUAUUUGCUCAUCAAAAUAGGUUCAGGAUCAAGAAGGUAUGCAACCAAGGAUAUCAAAUCCAGAAGGAGGAAGAGGGCAACCAAUGGCCUUUGUAGGAGCUCAGCAAAAAGGAAUUACUCCUUCUGAGAACCAAGGUUAAUGCAUUUAUAUACCCAUCAUCUUUUUCUUCACCACCGAAAUGUGCUCUGACUGUAAGAUGCCUUCUAACUUUCCUAAUCUUAACCAACUGUAAUAACCUUAACCCACCUAAAAGUGGUCCUUUCACGACUAUAAAUCGCAAUUAGCUAUGCCAGUGUUAACUUUUUUCAAAUGCGUUGACUCAACUAGCUUACAAGUAAGCUACCUAGAACAGUUUACCAACAGAGAGCUUCCUCACUUUGGCGAUUAAUAGAUAAACUAAUGAUGCACAUAUUCCAGCAUUCUAACAAGACAUCUUGUUGAAUGUGUCUCUCCUUUUGCAUGCCUGCAUGAUGACGGACACAUAAAAACCCUGACCACGCAGAGGAAUUUCAGGAAUAUUCGUCACCUUAUCUAUCCGUUGGUCAGCCAGGUUGGUCCAAAUAUCUCGUAGUUCCCCUUUUCCUCUGUCGAGUCUUUUCCAGUUCGAAAAUAUCUAAAAAGAAAUUAGGAAAUUUCAUACUUCCCUCUUGCUAACGAGUAUCGCUGGUAGUCAUCAUUUUUGUUCCAAAAUUAAUCUCAUACAUUCAAGAGACACUCUAAACAGUAAAAAAAAAAAAAACAACAACAACAACAACAACAACAGCACACACACAAGCAUACAGCCGACGUGAGGCGUUUCAAUUAACCGAAAAUUUUCGCACAGAGAUCUCAAGCCUCGUUCACCAAGCCGACAAAAUGUUGCCGGGCGAGAUGAGAGGAUCAUCUCAACAAAACAACAUGGUAAUCGGUGGCUUAGGAGCACGUGGAAGCCAGGGUGUAAGUGAAGGUAUAGCAAGCUUUGGAGGAAUAGAGGGGGGGCAGCAACUUGGAGCACAAAGUCAAGUAUCACCGAUGGAGCAAUCUCCCGUGGCAUCCGAAAGAGCUGGAUAUGGAGGUGCCUUGGAGCAAGGUGCCGUGAAUCAGGAAGGAUUAGGUCAAGGGGGUCUGGCAGGAUUGAGUGACUCUGCAGUGAGCCGCAUGAACGAAGGUGGAGCAGGGGGAGGAUCCUUGCAAGGAAUCCAGGGAGCUCAGGAUGUUCAAGGGAUGCAGAGCUUGACAUCUGCUUUUGCAGGGGGGCAACAAGUGCAGGGUGGAAUGCUAUCUGAUGGAGGAGGCGUUAGCAGCUUGCAAGGGCAAGGAUUGAUGGGAGGUAGUCUUCAAGGAGGCUUACAAGGUAUGAUGGGCGGUGGAUUGGCAGGUCUGCCGACCAUGGGCGGUGGAGGACAAUUUGCACAACAGCAAAUGUCAUUUAAAAAGGUUUGUGGCAAAAAGCCGAAAAAAAAAAAUUAAACAUCGAAACGACGUUAUCUAUAACUGAAAACCGUCAAUCGUACGUGACUUAUGCAUGUUGUCACUACUGCUUUUCUCUUUUCAUAAGGCGUGGUUGAUAAAAUACAGGCAAAAGUCAACAUACAUUCAGCAAGGAAGAGCAAACCUUGAAUCCAGAGACGCAAGAAAGGAUAAUCAUGUGCAUGAUUGAUCUUUGGGGAAGGUUAAAAUAUUCUUGGUGAAUAAAAGAAUCACGAAAGGAUAUUUUUUAAAUUUGUUUGGUUUGAAAAAGAAAGAUUGUAUCUCAGUAAAUAAGAUGAAGGGUGUCCGUACAUCAGAGGUGUGGUUUGAUCAUAGACACUAUUAAGUUAUUUCGAAUAGGAAAAAGCAUUCUGUUCAGAAAUGUACCGUAAACGCUACGUUACUAUCACAUCACAAAUCUGUUCAUCUUCCACUGACACAUAAGUUCACCACAUGUGCCUGCUAGCUAUUACUACAUAGUAAGUUAUGACUUUCUUUAUAAAUACUUCAAAAGGAAUGGACAAAGACAUUUUCAUCAUUUCUACGGACUAAUGAUAACAAUAACUGCGGCAGAAUACUACUGACUCACUGACGACUUACUUUUAUCCCUGAACAGUCAACAAUAGCAAGACCACGAGACUUCCAGGUAACGAUUUAACUUUACUAUCAGUUAGACAAAGUAAAGCCUUGAAAACGACUUUGACGUCGCUGUAAGGACAAACAAUUGAUACCUUUGGCCUCUAUUGGACGGACACCAUCAUCACAAUUCAUCUCUUCCAUCGAUAUUCUUACCAAAUUCACCUAUCUAAAUGAACCCCUUUUUUUUCUGAGUGACUUUAAGACCGGCAACAUCUAAGAAAAUGCAAGUGAGCCACGGCUAACGUUCUUGUCGAUCUGCAAUUACCUUGCUUUCACAACAAAUAGCGAGGCAUUUUUAAAAAUUAGCCGUAUUAAGCUCAGUUUGGUUGGAUAUCAACGUUAAUUUCAAUUUCAGCGCUCCAAGACACACCAGAAGGAGGACACCAAGACUAAACAUAGGAAACCUUCCCAAACACAUAAAGAUGCUUUUUCAAAGAAUUCUGUGCCAAAGAGGCAUUUAAUGGAGGAUAGAAAGACAGUAUCAGUCAAAAAGGUAGGACGCUAUAGAUGAAUAACGUUCAUAGAUUUUCUAGCUGAAAUCUGCUUGUGGCAUGGAAAAUUUCAUCAGGAACUGAGCGUGGGCGAAAUACAAAUUUGGCAAUAUCUUUUCGAUAUUCUUCCAGCUGCAGAACAUUAAAACGGAGGGAAGCAGAUAUAAACCAAUUGAGUUAUAGCACAUUAUGCUUAUCAAAGACAUUUCCCCAAAUCGUAAUCAAAUAUAAAUCAGGGUUAUAAGUUAAAUGUUUAAAACAGUCUCCCUUCAUGGAAUUUUUCAAUGUACCAAAGGUAUAUUUUUCAGCGUUCCAAUCUACAAGCUUCAUUUUCUACAGGAACGCAUUUUUGCGGAGCUAACACAAUCCACAAAAUCCCCAAAAAUGAACAAUUUUCAGCGAAAGCGGUUUUUGAAAAUUGAGAUCAAACACUCUAUCAUCCUCCGAGGAUUUAAACGAUGAGGACCAUAAAAUUUGCGAAAAGUUGAAACUGAGUGCAAAAAUGUGAAUUUUGAAGGAAUUAAGUGUGCAAUUAAAUGAAUAUCACGAACAAAUACUGAGCUGAUUAUGAGUGCAAUUUGAAAUAAAUAAGUACGAGUAAUUUUUUCAAAGACCAUUUUUUCCUGUUCCUUUUAGAGUAAAAUGAUGAGGAGGCAACAUUCAAAGCACUCGACCGCAGUUUAAAACUGACUCGCUCCGCCUAAAGCACGAGCCAUUACGAACGCUUCAAAUUUUCCUGGCAAAGAAUGAAACGCCCACGAGUUUUCUUGGCCAUCAGAAUUAUAGAUUGCAAGAAGAUGUACUGACAAUUCGUUUGCAAUAUUUGUUUUAAAUCGUCCUAAACGAGCAAGAAAUCUUCUCAAAUGAAGCCAUUCGUAAAUUUCAUUGGCAUGACGCAUGCGUGAUCGGCAAGACAUGAGUUGUCAAAAACUAGACAUUUAAUGAUGUGACAUUUUUUAUCUAAUACCAUUCUAGAAUGAAUACCUAGCUUUGAAAAAAAUAAAAACCAAGAAAG